AUGACAGGACCAGAAAUGUGUAGAAUGCAGAGGCCUUCAAGAGAGCACAGAUGGAAGGCAUACGUUAAACAGAAUGAAGAUGGUAGACAUAGGUCCUUAAGAGAGAAAACUCGGGCCCCUCAGUUCCUGGUCCAGCCUCUCUCAACAUUCCAGAAGUAUGGCGGCUCCGUAACACUCACCUGCGUGGUGGACCCACCCAACGCCGCCAUCUCCUGGAGACUGAAUGGAGUGCAGCUGGGAGACGUCCCAGGGGUCCUGGUGUCUGGAGGAACGCUGAUCAUCGCUAGUCUGAACAAUGAUACUGCUGGGAGGUACCAGUGCAUCGCCCAGACCCCGUCCGGAGCCAUGGCAAGCGUUCCGGCUAUCGUAGCCUUGGCCAGUAAGUACCUUUUUUAUUGAUGAUUGUAUGAACAUGAAGGACUGGUAAAAUGCAUGUCUACUGUAGCUAGAUCUUCAUUCUUUUGGAUGGAGUGAGAAAGGGUUAGAGCCCUUGCCAGGUUUUUAUUGCUAAGUAUGGCUGUGAUGUUGAGGAGUGACAGAUUGGUAAAUAUGUUCUUUAUGGUCAUGGUUCCUAUGUAGGAGUUAGUUGGCAGCUCUUUUAGUCUAAGACAUUUUUCUCCAGUGUUCUCUUCAUUUAAUGCCAGAAUCUAAAGCCCCGUACACAC